AUGGUCAGCUUAUAUGUGACUUUUGUUCUUUUCACAGAAGAUUCUCUCUUGGUGGUAUCAGUAGCUGGUGAGCUCAAAGUGUGGGAUCUCUCCUCAUCUAUCAACAGCAUUCAGGAAAAGCAAGAUGUCUAUGAAAAAGAAUCCAAGUUUCUUGAGUCCUUGAACUGCCAAACAAUACGAUUUUGCACAUAUACUGAGAGACUUCUCCUGGUGGUAUUUUCUAAAUGUUGGAAGGUUUAUGAUUAUUGUAGUUUUUCCCUUCUGCUGACUGAAGUUAGUAGAAAUGCGCAGUUCUUUGCUGGUGGAGAAGUGAUUGCAGCUCACAGAAUCCUCAUAUGGACAGAAGAUGGUCACAGUUACAUCUAUCAGCUGCUGAACAGGUGGGCUCAGAUGGGAGCGGCAUACAAAACAUUCAGAUCCCAGUUUGAAACUGAUGUUCGAAGAGGGGAAUUCCCAGGAUUUGAACUCAAGUGGUUUAGUCCAAAUCUGUUAGAAUAUUUCCUACAUAAAAGCUCACUUUUUGUUUCAGAACAGAGCCGUCCCCUUGUUAUGGGCUACAUGAAUUGAACGGAAAGAGCCUUUUACAAGGUACUCUUCUCUGGAGAAGUCUCAGGGAGAAUUAUUUUGUGGCACAUCCCUGAUGUUCCUGUGUCCAAGUCUGAUGGUUGUCCUGGAGAGAUACCAAUAACUACCACCUGGACUCUUCAAGAUAAUUUUGAUAAGCAUGAUAUAGUGUCGCAAAGUAUUACUGACCAUUUCUCUGGGCUUAAAGAUAGUGCAGGAACUGCUGUAGUCACUUCAUUAGAGUAUAUUCCAAGUCUUGACAAACUGAUAUGUGGCUGUGAAGAUGGGGCAGUUUUCAUUACCCAGGCUUUGAAUGCUGCCAAAGCAAGACUUCUAGAAGGCGGUUCUUUAGAAAAAGGUCGUUGAAUUUUAUUUGACGCUAUUUAUUUCAUUUAUCUAAGCUGCAAUUUCAACAAGGUGCACUAAAGAAGAUUUAGAGAACUAAAGAAUUUAUUGGCAAAUGCCAAUAAAUGUGUACCUAUUUUAAUGUUAAAGUAAACCAUACAUAUAGGGUUAAAAAAAAAAAAUCAAGCA